CUGGCACCAACAACCAUGUCACAUUUAAAGUUACUUGAAAGACCCUUUUUCUUCAUUCUGAUGCUUACUUUGAACUGAUCGACUUGACCAUUAAAUUGCCGAGAUGUCACUGGCUGCGUUAAGAACCAGAAUUAGCUAGCUAGUGAGUGUAUACAUCAGGUCAGAAAAUAUUUAACACGAACUAUGUCAAGCCACAACCGUUUAGUUGUGUAAGAACUUACUAAGAGGCGUACAUGGGACAAAAAAGUGUCUGCUUUCAUUUAAAUCCAUAUCACGGAAAACUGCGUAACAGACACACCUGUCCACCAUGUUGAUUUCACGCUUUGCCUCUCAAAAGCGUGAAAUCGACACAAAUGCAGAAGUUACAGUACCAGCAUGAGGAGAUAACAUAUUUAAAGCCUUUUGCACCCUUUUUGUCUGUUUGCUUCAUCCAAGACUUUUGUCCCCUGCAGCCCCUUUUUUCUCUCUUUCUUUCUGUCCCUUUUCUUUUUCUGUUUCUCCUGUUUUUCGCCAUAAACAGGCCUUCAACACUGUGUCCGCUCUGGUAUAAUACACACUCUGACAAUAAUGUGAAUAAUGUAAUAAACAAAAGAAACAAGAUUAACAAGAUGAGCCUACAGAGAGUCUACAGUGCUCCUCUCUUUGUUUUUGUCUAAUUUUGAUAUUAGUAUGGCUUGUUGCGUGUUAUUAGUGCAUCUUUGAAUAAGGUACAACCCAGACCCGACAGACAGGGAGCAUUCAAACUGAAUGUGAAAUGAGAGAAGUGAGGUUUUUUGCCUUGCCUUUGCCAUGCCUUCUUUUUUUGGUGACAUCACUUUAAUUACAGUUUCCUUUAGGAGCGUGAGGCAGAGACAGGCAGACUAGAGUUGGGGAGUUAACUGUUAACAGUGCAGCAGGACAUCUGAACAUACUUGGAAAAUGACUCUUAGACCUACAAGCAUCCCAGACUACAGCACCACUAUAUCAUAUGGAAACAAUAACAACACCAAUGAGACUCAUUGUCCAGAUCACGAACUAUGGGAGUGGCUCACUGCACACCAACCAGUGUAUAUUCUGCUCAUCACCGUGCUGGGAAUUAUGCUUAACAUGUUCGUUCUGAUUGUCUUCUGCUUCCACAAGAAGGCGUGCACCAUAGCUGAAAUCUAUUUGAGCAACCUGGCUGCUGCUGACCUAGUCCUGGUGUCCUGUUUGCCCUUCUGGGCCGUCAACAUGCUCAAUGAUUUUAAUUGGCCUUUUGGUCAUUUCAUGUGCAAAGUUAUCAAUGUGGGAAUUAAGAUGAAUGCCUACUGUAGCAUAUACUUUCUUGUUCUGGUUAGCAUUGAUCGCUAUGUGGCGCUGGUACAUGCGAUGUCACAUGGAAGAAUGCGUAGUCCAAAAUAUGCCAAACUAGGGUGUCUGCUGACAUGGGGUUUUGGUUUGCUUCUGAGUAUACCUGUGUUCAUCUUCAGGGAACUGGGAUAUAUCCCUGAAUAUGGUACAGUGUGCUAUCUGAACUAUCCAAGCCACAACGUACACGUUAUCUGUGAUGGGAUAUUGAUCAUUUUUAGCUUCGUUAUUCCCAUUUCAAUUAUCUCCUUUUGCACUUUAAAUAUUAUUCAGGCUUUGAAAUCGCAAGCAAUUGAGAGGUUCAAUGCUGAAAACACAGAACGAAAGGCCACCAUUUUGGUCCUGGCAGUCCUUGUAGCCUUCCUAAUUUGCUGGGUGCCAUUCCAUGUAAUCACCAUAGUGGAUGUGCUUUUACGAGGUGGGAUACUGGAAGGCUGUCACUUUGAAAAUGCUGUGGACAUCAGCCUCCAGAUCUUCACCUACUUAGCCUUCUUGAACAGCAUUCUUAACCCUAUCCUAUACGUUAUUGUAGGAAAGAACUUCCGGAAAAAAGUCCGAGAACUCUUCCAGCAGUGGGGUCACCGGACGAAAACGUCAUCUGACUCCACACGUUCAAACCUGUCCUCUACUUUGAAAACUUCUGUAUAAAAUGCUGUCUGCAAAUUGCUUUUUGCACAUAAAAGCACAGAAGGAUAGUGGGCAGUCAUUUAAUAAUAUUGUCUUAAACUAAAUGGUUCAAAUGAAAUCUAAAAUAAAAUGAAGUUCAUGAAAUCGCAAUGGAUGUAGCUUUGUAAUAAUCAGACUUGAUUCAUACAUUGUUAAGAAACUUUUUAACAAACUCUUUCUUUAGUAUGUUAGCUGAUGCACAACGUCUCACUGUUACGUUUAGAAAAGGUGGUUGUAUUACAGAUUACUACCAAAUGCAAAACACUGUCGUUUAGCUUGAACUGGAAAAAAAUGAAGAUAUAUUUUAUAUAUUGCAACAACUCACCAGUGUGUAAUAUUGUUGGAUUCAUAUAUUACAAACUUUAGUAGUCAUCAGUAUCUUGGCUGUAUUGGUUGUGUGAUGUAAAUAUGUGUACUGUAGAAUAAUUUAUGUAAAUACAACUUUUUUGUUAUAUAGUUUAUUGUUGAAAAUGCAAAUGAUGCCACUAUUUGUUUUACUCAGAGCAUAAAGAUGUAUAAAUCAACAUGCAGUCUUUCGCUUUAUGAAUCUUUAUGAUGCAUUUGAAUGUUAAGUUGAACAUCCAAAGGUUCAUGUUGAAACAGCAUCUUGCUAAGUGUUUCUGGUGUUUCUGACUCAGAGUUUCCAGACUUAAAAAUGUGACUCUUUCAAUGAGUUUCCAGUUGUGACGCAUAAACAUGCUUCUUUUUGUUGGCUGUAUAGACAUAACUUUUUCUUUCUUUCUUUCUUUCUUUUUUUUAUUGUAUAUCUGUCCCCAAAACCACCUUUUAAUUGCCAAGUGUUUACUCAAAAUGGGUUGUGGGCAAGGGUACACCCAUAGGUGUCCUCAAAAUGAAGGCAAAUCUUGCCAAGCAGGAUAUCAGGCUUCACCACAAUUGCUAGUGCUGAAAAUUGUUGUGGAACAAAAGGCAUGCAGAAAAAGUUACCUCAAAUUGUAGAAUGUCUGCCAGAAAAUACACAGUUCAACCUCA